GCCGCUCGGGAUCUGGCAGCGCUGCGCGGCAGUCGCUGCGCCAUCAAUGGCCGCGACUCCAAUACCGGGGCGAACCUGCUCCAGGCCGAGAUCGCGCCAAUGGCGGGACGGGCUCCGUUCUUUAGCGAGGUCCGGGUCACCGGCUCGCACCUGGCCAGCCUCAUGGCUGUCGCCACCGGCGACGCGGACGUUGCGGCCAUCGACGCUGUCAGCCUGGCGUUGGCGCAGCGCAGCGACCCUGGACUGGUGGCGAUGACCCGAGUGCUGCGCUGGACGCAGCGCUGCCCAGCGCUGCCCUUGGUCACGGCCCGAUCGACGACGCCCAGAACGUUGCGGGCGCUGCGCGGCGCCCUGCGGGAAGUCUCCGCAGACCCGGCGCUGGAACCUGUCCUAAACGC